AUGACUUUUUCAAGAAAUAUUUUAAUUACCAUUUCUUUAGUUAUUUCCUUAAAUUUUACUUGUGGUCAGUUGACUGGUGGAUUGAAUCCAUGUGCUUCAUGUAACUCAAACGAUAAAUGUUAUAUUGAUACUUGUAAUUGGUCAACUGGUUGUUUCCAUAAUCCUGUGACUUGUAACUCCAAUAACAAAUGUGUGGUCGACCGAUGCCACCCAACUCUUGGAUGUACUACUUCCGCAAAGAACUGUGAUGACAACAAUCCAAAUACCUACGAUUUCUGUGAUGUCAAUUUAGGCUGCCAAAACCUUCCAUUCACUUGUAGUGCCACCUCAACUUGUACCAAUACCAGUCCGUGCCAAGUCCAAUUCAUAUUGAACGACAAGUGUUGUACUUACGCCAAGACUUGCAAUGAUAACAAUCCAUGUACCACCGACCAAUGUAACACCACCACCGGACAAUGUCAAAACACUGCUGUCACUUGCAACGAUAACAAUCCAUGUACCAUCGACCAAUGUUCAUCGACCACCGGUCUCUGUCAAUUCGCCGCCAAGUCAUGUGACGACAACAACGCAUGCACUCUCGACAGUUGCAACACCGCCAAUGGAAAUUGUCAAUACACUGCUGUUGUUUGUAAUGACAACAAUCCAAACACCGUUGACGAAUGUUUCCCAGCUGUUGGUUGUGUAUAUCACUCUGCCAGCUCAUGUGACGACAACAACGCAUGCACUGUAGACUCUGUCAACUCCACCACAGGACAAUGUCAAUACACAAGACGUGUCUGCGCACAAGAUACCUUCUGUACUAGAUGGUCAUGUGAUCCGGUAAAUGGAUGCACUGCAUCCUCACCAAAUUGUGACGAUGGUAAUCCCUGUACCGUAGACUUCUGUGACUCUGUCAGUCAAUCUUGUGCUCACAAAACCAAGAGUUGUUUCGAUAACAACCGUUGUACCUUUGAUCAAUGUAACCCAGCCAACGGACAAUGUGUAAGCACUCCAAUCUCCAACUGUUACUAA